AUGGCCAAGAAUGAUGCUGUGAUUCAAAGCCAAUCGAUAUCCUUGAGGAGCCUAGAGAUUCAAUUGGGGCAGCUAGCUAAGGAGCUAACGAAUAGACCACAAGGCACUUUGCCUAGAGAUACCAAAAACCCAAGGAAAGAUGGUAAGGAGCAUUGCAAGGCGGUUACUUUGAGGAGUGGUAAAAAUCUGGAAUUGACUGAGGAGAAUUGUAAGAGAAACAGUGAGCCCACUUCAAUCCAAAGUAGUGUGGACAAGGGAGAUAAAGUUGUGAAUUCUAAAAAUUUAAAUGCUGAUCCUGAAGAAAUUGCUGCAGCAAUUCCUCAGCAAAAUGCUACAGAGAAGCCUAUGAGCAAGCCACCUCCACCAUUUCCUCAGCGCUUUCAAAAGCAGCAACAAGAUGGUCAAUUCUGGAGAUUUUUAGAUGCUUUGAAACAACUUCACAUCAAUAUACCAUUGGUGGAAGCUUUAGAGAAAAUGCCCAACUAUGUGAAGUUUUUUAAGGAUAUUUUAACUAAAAAGUGGAGGCUUGGUGAAUUUGAAACGGUGGUGUUGACUGAAGGCUGUAGUGCUAUAUUGAAGAAUAAAAUUCCUCCUAAAUUAAAGGAUCCUGGCGGCUUCACAAUUCCUUGUUCUCUUGGUGGUAGAGACGUUGGUAGAGCACUUUGUAACUUGGGGGCUAGUAUCAAUUUGAUGCCCAUGUCAAUUUUCAAGAAGUUGGGGAUUGGAGAAGUAAGACCAACCACAGUCACUUUGCAAUUAGCGGAUCAUUCAAUGGCACACCCGGAAGGAAAAAUUGAAGAUGUACUUGUGCAAGUUGAUAAAUUCAUUUUUCCAGUUGAUUUCAUCAUUCUUGAUUAUGAAGCAGAUAGAGAUUUUCCGGAUGAGAUUGAGGAAUGUUCUAGGCUAAGUGUAAUUGAGUCUAUUGUCGCUGAAAAAUUCCACAAGGAAACUUUUAAAGAUGGAGUGGGGGUGAGGUCACUUGAAGAGCUUGAAGACUUAAGUGAAGAGGAAGAAAGGCAAGUUACAUGGGUGGAGUCAAAGCAGCCCUUUGCCAAAUUUAGGAGGCCUUUUGAGUCAUUGAACUUGUUGGAAGGGAAUUUUAAGCCUCCUAAGUCUUCUAUUCAAGAGCCACCAAAAUUAGAGUUGAAGCCUUUGCCUAGUCACUUGAAGUGUGCUUAUUUGAGAGAUAAUGAGACUUUGCCUGUGAUUAUUUCAGCCAUGUUAGGAGCUGAAAAAGAGUAA